CAUGAAACCACCGCCAAUGUACUUUCGUGGAUGUGGUAUCUACUGUCUCAAUCGCCUGAUGUAGAAAAAAAGCUGCAUAAUGAGUUAGACCGUGAACUCGCCGGAGCAACGCCGACGUUCAGCGAUAUAGCCAAAUUACCUUAUACACGCGCUAUUCUCGAUGAAACCAUGCGUCUUUAUCCGCCAGUCCCCAUACUCGCAAGACAAUCACGCGGUGAAGACAGCAUAAACGGCAAACACAUUCCUCCUAAGUCGAAUAUGCUGGUGGUUCCUUGGUUGAUACAACGUCACUCAUUAUAUUGGGAUCAGCCGGAUCACUUUAUCCCCGAACGCUUUAUGCCGGGCGCACCCAAGCCGCAUAAGUUCACCUAUAUUCCGUUUAGUGCUGGCCCACGAGUUUGCCCCGGCAAAGCCUUUGGUAUCAAUGAGUCCGUGUUAGUAUUUGCGAUUUUAGCGCAACACUAUCGCGCUGAAACCACUGGCAACUAUCAAG